AUCCGACUAGACGACUAUAGCCAGCUAGCAGAAAGUGAUUAAGGCGGAAUUCUUUGCGUUGGGUCAAAAAUCUUUCAUGUGCUUUAUUCGUUUCUCAUUACUUACCAUCUGCAAGCAUGAUGUCGACUACAGAAGGAGAGCUGGAUGUCGAAGUGUGCCUUGAACGGGAAGAAGGGGAGUUGGAGGAUUCUGAUGUCGAAGAGGGUACAUACAUUCCCUUGGAGCGGCCAGAAGCUUUUAACCCUCCUUCUUUGGUGCACAUGCACAUACAAGACGAGCAGAGCGACGACGGGUCUCUGCCGGAAUCUUCAGGGUCGGAGUCUGAUGAGGAGCCUCGAAGACGAGCUAAGAGGACCAAAAUCAGGCCGCGCCGAUCGCAACCGCCGUCUCAGCCAGACAAGAAAGAAAAAUACAAUAUUUGGUGCAAGUCCUUGCAGGAGGAUCUUUUAACUGAAGACAUGAUAAGCUGUGACGUAUCAAAAAAGAGUAGAUAUGGCGUUGAAUCUUAUGAUUAUACAAUUAAGUACCGAUUAGAUGAUGCUGCUGUGUCUAAGAAAGUGUUUACAAACAAUUAUAAUUGCAAUGAUAAUGACCGAGUGUCAAACAAAAGGAGCCGAGCUGACCGAGCAAAUGGUAAACUAAGGCUUAUAAAAUUAAAACAUGAUGAUGAGCGUGAGGAAAUACGAAUUGCCAAACAUUUGCCAGAUUUAGCAGUUGCUCCUGAGGACCCAAUUGAGAGUAUUGCUUUAGAUAUAGCUGAUAAGCUGUCGGAAGAUAAAAAGGAUUUAGUUGGGAGAAUUGUGCAAGGAUUAGGUGCAAAUAAAGCAAUAGAAAUAUACAAAGAAACACAAAGGAUAGAAGCAGAUGGUGGAAUGUUAAUUAUGAAUGGCACACGAAGAAGGACCCCUGGAGGAGUUUAUUUCUUUCUCCUAAAACGUGAUGACGAAAUCUCGCAAGCGAUGAUCAACCAAAUUUUCACGGAAGAUCGAAAGGAACAGGCACGCAAGAUCAAACGUCUGCGCACUAAAAGCCGCCAGCAAGUCGUGGAGCAGCUAAAGCAGAGUCUCACAGAUUCAGAAUUACCCUCACUUCUGUCACGCGGUGAAGCCACCGUACAAACGGAACACGGUUCCAAUCCACCACCGUCACCUGCGACAGACGCGCGCGAGUGUUCAAGCGAUACUGACGCCCAAUCGCACACUGAUGCUCAUCCGCACUCCCCGCGCUCCCGCUCACUGCUUCCCGACCGAACGGACGAUCCUCGCGGUCUACAAAACUACGAUGACGAUGAUUUUCUGGAAGUCAUGUGUAAUGAAGAUAUGGAUCUCUUCUGAACUGUGAUGUGACGUGGAAUGGUGCUUAGUGAGUAUCUGUGUGUGAAAAUGUCCUAGAACUGUACCUGUGUUGCGAAAAUGUUCAACUUCUGUCAAGAUGGAG